AUGUGGAAGUUUACAUGGACACAAAAAAGGGAACAACAGGCACCAGGACCUACUUGGAGGGUGAAGUGUGGGAGGAGGGUAAGGAUUGAAACUCUGCCUAUCGGGCACUAUGCUUAUCAACUGAGUGAUGAAAUAACGUGUACACCAAAACCCUGUGACACGGAAUUUACCUUUAUGAAAAGCUGCACAUGGACCUCUGAACCUAAAAUUAAAGUUAAAAAAAGAAAUCUGUCCCAAGGAGACUGUUUUCUCUUAAUGUACUGCAUCCUGCUUAAUGAACUAUGGAUUUCAUGCAUUCUUUUUCAGGAUUAUAUUGCCUACCUGAUUGUAGACAUUUCAAGAGAUAAGAAGACGUUCUCCACAAACCACACCGUAGUGACAGAAUUCAUUCUCUUGGGACUGACAGACGACCCAGUGCUAGAGAAGAUACUGUUUGGGGUAUUCCUGGCAAUCUACCUAAUCACACUGGCAGGCAAUCUGUGCAUGAUCCUGCUGAUCAGGACCAAUUCUCACCUGCAAACACGCAUGUAUUUCUUCCUUGGCCACCUCUCCUUUGUAGACAUUUGCUAUUCUUCCAAUAUUACUGCAAAUAUGCUGCACAAUUUCCUCUCAGAAUAGAAGACCAUCUCCUAUGCUGGAUGCUUCACACAGUGUCUUCUCUUCAUCGCCCUGGUGAUCACUGAGUUUUAUAUCCUUUCUUCAAUGGCAUUGGAUCGCUAUGUAGCCAUUUGCAGCCCUUUACAUUACAGUUCCAGGAUGUCCAAGAACAUCUGUAUCUGUCUGGUCACUGUCCCUUACAUGUAUGGGUUUCUUAGUGGGUUAUCUCAGUCACUGCUAACCUUUCACUUAUCCUUCUGUGGCUCCCUUGAAAUCAAUCAUUUCUACUGCGCUGAUCCUCCUCUUAUCAUGCUGGCCUGCUCUGACACCCGUGUCAAAAAGAUGGCAAUGUUUGUAGUUGCAGGCUUUAAUCUCUCCAGCUCUCUCUUCUUCAUUCUUCUGUCCUAUCUUUUCAUUCUUGCAGCGAUCUUGAGGAUCCGUUCUGCUAAAGGCAGGCACAAAGCCUUUUCUACAUGUGCUUCCCACCUGACAAUAGUCACUUUGUUUUAUGGAACCCUCUUCUGCAUGUACACAAGGCCUCCAUCAGAGAAGUCUGUAGAGGAGUCCAAAAUAACUGCAGUCUUUUAUACUUUUUUGAGCCCAAUGCUGAACCCAUUGAUCUAUAGCCUAAGGAACAAAGAUAUAAUCCUUGCCAUGCAACAAAUGAUUAGGGGAAAAUCCUUUCGUAAAAUUGCAGUGUAG